AUGCAGAAGUGCAUGGUCACCGAGCACAUCACUCUCGAAGAUGGCCACUUCUACGUCCUCUUGCAAGAGCGUAAUCUGGCCACUGCCAUAAGUCGCUACGAAACAUUCCAGAAUGUCAAGUCACUGCGACAGGACCAGAACGCCUUGGUUUCCUGGCUUCGGAACCUGCAACACCGAAUUCUGGAGCGCGUCACUCGGCGCAUAGAAGUCGCGACUGAUUUGUCGCUGGAAUCUGCCGAGUCGUAUCAGGUGGUCAACUACGGCAUCGGUGGACACUACACGCCCCACAUGGACGCCCAUGGGUUAGAUAAAAUUACUAGCUACGUGGACAUUCACGACGGCAACCGACUGGCCACCAUGCUCAUGUACCUCACAGACGUGGAAGCGGGAGGCGCCACAGCGUUCGUCAAAUUGGGCAUCGCGGUGAAACCACGCAUCGGUGACGCCCUCUUUUGGUACGACGUGAAACCAUAUGAUGGAAACGAGUUUGCCAAGAAGAUGUCUUUCUGGCACCAAAAAAGAAAGGCGGAUGAGCUCACGACGCACGUUGCCUGUCCCGUUCUGUGGGGCUCCAAGUGGAUUGUGACCAAGUGGAUUCGCGAGCGAAACAACUUCGUCGUGCACUACAACACGCCCGGCUGA